UCGACUGUCAUUUGACGCCAAACGCGCGUCGCACGCAGAACACCCGAGAUAUUCCCUCCGAUUCCAGUAUAUUUUAUUGUAUUCAAGUCUUGGCUGACAAACGAUCCUCAUAGGAGCAUUAAGAAAUGGUGCAUUAUCUGGGGCUCCUGCUGCUUGGAGUGCUCUGUUGUUGGCCAGCCGCCAUUCUGGCCAAUGAUCAGCCUUCUCGAAUCGUCUGCUACUUCAGCAACUGGGCUGUUUAUCGACCUGGAAUCGGUCGCUAUGGAUUGGAGGAUGUUCCCGCCGACAUGUGCACUCAUCUCAUUUACUCCUUCAUCGGUGUCAACGACAAAAGCUGGGAUGUCCUUGUAAUCGAUCCAGAUCUGGAUGUGGAUCAAAAGGGAUUCAGCAAGUUUACCCAGCUGAAGAAGAGCCAUCCCAAUCUGAAACUCGAAGUGGCAGUGGGUGGUUGGGCCGAAGGUGGUUCGAAGUACUCGCAAAUGGUGGCUGUUCGGGAACGACGACUGAGUUUCAUACGCAGUGUGGUACGCUUCAUGAAGCAGUACAACUUCGACGGCUUCGACUUGGACUGGGAGUAUCCGGGAGCCACGGAUCGCGGUGGCAGCUUCGGGGAUAAGGAUAAGUUCCUGUACUUCGUUCAGGAACUGAGACGCGCUUUUGAUCGCGAGGGUCGAGGAUGGGAGAUCACCAUGGCAGUUCCGGUGGCCAAGUUCCGGCUUCAGGAAGGUUACCACGUUCCGGAAUUGUGCGAGUUGCUGGACGCCAUUCACGCCAUGACCUAUGACCUGCGGGGCAACUGGGCCGGAUUCGCCGACGUGCACAGUCCGCUCUACAAGCGCAAACACGACCAGUACGCCUACGAGCGCCUGAAUGUGAACGACGGCCUUGCACUGUGGGAGGAGAUGGGCUGUCCGGCCAACAAGCUGGUGGUGGGCGUCCCCUUCUACGGACGAACCUUCACGCUGAGCAACUCGAACAAGAACUACAACAUGGGCACCUACAUCAACAAGGAGGCGGGGGGCGGGGCACCAGGUCCCUACACGAACGCCAGCGGCUUUCUGGCCUACUACGAAAUCUGCACGGAGGUGAUGGACAAGUCAAAGGGCUGGACCGUCGAGUGGGACAGCGAGGGAAUGGUGCCCUACACCUACAAGGACACCCAGUGGGUGGGCUACGAGAACGAGGCCUCCAUCCAGAUCAAGAUGGACUUCAUCAAGCAGCGGGGCUACGCGGGCGCCAUGACCUGGUCAAUCGAUAUGGAUGACUUCAAUGGAAUGUGCGGGCAGAGGAACGGUUUGAUGCAUAUUCUUCACGAUAACAUGAGGAGCUAUCGCGUUCCGGAACCAACAAGGGAAACAACACCUAGGCCUGAGUGGGCAAAGCCACCAGCCACUCCUCCUAACCCAGAUGAAGGCCCUAUAAUCCAGACUGAACCAGCAUCUACCACUACCAGAAAACCAAAGCCGAAACCCAAGCCAACUGCAAGCCCAGUUAGCACAACUUCUGCACCUGUGACAAUUGCCAGUAGUAGUACUCAAAAACCAACCACAAAGAAACCCAAAAAGCCCAAGAAGCCACCAACCACUACAACGACAACCACUACUCGUGCUCCUGAAAAAACCACUGAAGAACCCGAAGAAGUUGUGGAUCCCGAGCAACCAGUGGGAUCCCAGUUUGAUCCCAGUGAAAUCGAUUGUACCAACCGGGACUUUGUUCCACAUCCCAACUGCCGAAAGUACUUCCGCUGCGUCCACGGCAAACCCGUUGAGUUUGAGUGCAAGGAGGGCACCGCCUUCCACACGGUCCUGAAUGUCUGCGAUUGGAUCGAGAACAGCGACCGCUACUACUGCACCCGCAUCAAGAACAAAAAAGAGGGCAAUGAGGCCCACUAACUGUCCCAAAAUAUAUUUAUAAUUUAUUCUAAACGCACACUUUAGCAUAGGUUGGGAAAACUAAUUUACACCUAGCAAUAGAUCUUUAAGUAUUUUAAUUAAAUAGCAACAUAGAGAUAUAAAGAAGAUCGACCGGAUUAGGCAGACGAGACGAGAACAAUAACAAUAAAUAUGAGUUUAGAGACCGAUAAAUCAUAAACUAAACGAG